AGGAAGAUCCCAGGAAGGAAAAUGUGCUGGAGACCCCUGUGCCAGUUCCUCUGGCUUUGGUCCUAUCUGUCCUAUGUUCAAGCUGUGCCUAUCCAGAAAGUCCAGGAUGACACCAAGACCCUCAUCAAGACCAUUGUCACCAGGAUCAAUGACAUUUCACACACGCAGUCGGUAUCCGCCAAGCAGAGGGUCACUGGUUUGGACUUCAUUCCUGGGCUCCACCCCAUUCUGAGUUUAUCCAAGAUGGACCAGACUCUCGCGGUCUACCAGCAGAUCCUCACCAGUCUGCCUUCCCGAAACGUGGUGCAAAUAUCCAACGACCUGGAGAACCUCCGAGACCUCCUCCAUCUGCUGGCCUCCUCCAAGAGCUGCUCCCUGCCUCAGACCAGUGACAUGCAGAAGCUGGAGAGCCUGGGCGGUGUCCUGGAAGCCUCACUCUAUUCCACAGAGGUGGUGGCUCUGAGCAGGCUGCAGGGUUCUCUGCAGGACAUUCUGCGACAGUUGGACCUUAGCCCUGAAUGCUGAGGUUUCAAGGACCAUGCUGAGGGAAGAAACCUGGGCUUCCAGGUAUCUCGGGGAGAAGAGAGCCCUGUGUACACAUCCCUCAUCCAUGUGUGCACAUCCUUCAUCCAGGACUCUGCCCACGUCUCUCACUCUUCUAGGCCACCCUUCCAAAGGCAUGACUCCACAACGCUUGACUAAAGAUAUACACACGAUUCCAUGAGCACUAGGAGCGGCCAGUCUGCAGAGGUGACCCUCAUUCGGUUCUUCAGAAAGCAUAGAUAAGAACCGUCCCGCCCCCUCCCUGUACCUGCUUCACUGUGGCCCAGGGGACGAGAGGAAGGUGGGGGGGGGGUUCGAACCUUUGGAUUGUCUCAGAGUCUCUGGGGAGCACCAUGAAGGCUGCAUCCACACACAGCUGGAAACUCCCAAGCAGCACACGUUAUUUA